AUGGAGUACAGAAAACAGCGUGUUUCGGAGGACGGGGUGAGCAUCCAGCCUCGCUUGAUUAUCCACGGCGGCGCGGGCAAUAUCCUACGAAGCAAUUUCCCUGCUGAAAAGUACGCUGCUUACCGGUCCGCUCUCUUGUCAAUUGUCAUCAAGACCCAAGCCUUCAUGAACUCCUCCACACCUACCCCCUCAACAGCAUCACCAUACAUGUACACCGAAGAGAAGAAGCAAACAGCACACCCCUCGGCCCUCGAAAUCGCAACCCACGCCGUCGUCCUCCUCGAAGACAACCCCCUCUUCAACAGCGGCCACGGCGCAGUCUUCACCCGCGACGGCGUCAACGAGCUCGAGGCCUCCGUCAUGGUCUCCCGCGGCCUCAAGAAGCGCGGCGUCGGCGUCAUGGGCCUCCGGCGGGUGCGCAACCCCAUCCUGCUGGCCAAGAAGAUGCUCGAGCACGGGGAAGAUGAUCUUGCGCCGGCGGGGUCUAAUGGAAAAGACGUAGAGCUGGACGUCCCCUCCGCACAAGGCCACACCCAGCUCCACGGCCCAACAGCCGAAAAGCUCGCCGCAAAGUACAACCUCCCCCUCGUCGACCCAAGCUACUUCUUCACCCAACAGCGCUGGGACGAACACGUCCGCGCCCUCGAGCGCGAAAAGUCGUCGGGCCUCUCGUCGUCGUCGUCGUCAGCAACGUGGCACGCGGACGAAUACCUCCCCCAGGGCACGUGCGGAGCCGUCGCCCUGGACGCGGAGGGCGUCAUAUGCGCGGCCACGAGCACGGGCGGCAUGACGAACAAGCUGACGGGCCGCAUCGGCGACACGCCCGUCGUCGGGGCUGGUUUCUGGGCGGAGGAAUGGGAUGAGGAGGAGGACGUUGAAGCGGACGCUCUCCUCAAGGCGGAGCCGGGCAUCAGCUUUGCUGGUCCGCUGAAGGGGUUGUUGGCAGACUGCUUCCCCACGCCGUGGAUGUAUUCUCCCUCAUUUGCGCCCCCGACGCCGACGACGACGACGACGACGACGACUCGCUCCGUGGGCUUCUCCGGCACCGGAAACGGCGACUCCUUCCUGCGCGUCAACGCCGUCCGUACCGUCGCCGCCAUCGCGCGCUACAAACCCUCCCCGGCACGUCUCGCGCUGGCCCGGGUCGCCGGUCCGGGGGGCCAGCUGCAGCAGAGCGCGGGGGAUCGCUGGGGACGCACGGGCGAGGGCGAGGGGGGCAUGAUUGGCCUCGAGUGCGUGCUUGAGCGGGAUGAGGAUGGGCGGGUGGUGGGAGCGCGGUCGGAGGUGUUGAUGGGGUAUAAUUGCGGCGGGAUGUAUCGUGCUUGGAUCGAUGACGAGGGGAGGCCGGUUAUGAGUAUCUGGUCGAAUGGAUCUGCGGAUGAGCUGUGA